AUGUUUAUUAAGUAAUAAAAAAUCAGUGCACUUUUAUAAUAAUUGAUAUUUUUAGUAAAAAGUUUAACGACUUUUAUGAUCAACAUGCCUGUCGAUCAAAUUCAGUAUUCCGAAAGAUACACCGAUGAUAAUUAUGAGUAUAGGCAUGUAAUUCUUCCAAUUGAUUUAGCAAAACAUGUACCUAAAACACACUUAAUGUCAGAAACUGAAUGGCGUAAUUUAGGCGUUCAGCAAAGUCCUAGGUGGGUUCAUUAUAUGAUGCAUAGUCCAGAACCACAUGUCUUGCUUUUUCGUCGGCCAAGAAUUCAGAGAGGAAAACGUGUAAUGUAAUAAACUAAUUUUUAUGUAAA